AUGGACUUGGACUCGGCACCACAGCCUAUGGGGCGCAGGUCCAGCCGCCAUGCGUCAAUCAGAUCAGAGGACUGGCCGGCGACGGACCCUAUGGCAUUCUCCUCGCGUCGCGAGAGGAGGAAUUCGGGACCACAACUUAUGAGGCGCAGGUCCAGCCGCCAUGGGUCAAUUCGAUCAGAGGACUGGCCGGAGGCGGACCCUAUGGCAUUCUCCUCGCGUCGCGAGAGGAGGGAUUCGGGACCACAACUUAUGAGGCGCAGGUCCAGCCGCCAUGGGUCAAUUCGAUCAGAGGACUGGCCGGAGGGGGUCGCCAUGUCACUCUCCCCCCACCGCGAGCGGAAGCACAGCGGAGAACGAAACGGCGGGGUUAAAGUCUUGAGUGAUGGCCGGCUUGAUAUAAAGAUCAACGAGCAAAUGCCGCAGCUCGCAGGGCUAUUGAAUCGCAUCCAAACGUCAACAAAACCACCCGACCUAGAGGCUCUAGAGUCACAACCGACCCCAGAAGCAAUGCCGAAAGAUGAUGGCAAAGAGUUUCCACUGAAGCUGAAUAUCGUCGUUCAAGUGAUCGGAUCUCGGGGUGACAUCCAACCGUUCGUUGCGCUAGGCAAAGAGUUGAAGGCCCAUGGGCACCGCGUACGGCUAGCAACCCAUCUUGUUUUCCGGGAAUUUGUACUCGAGGGCGGCUUGGAGUUCUUCAACAUAGGCGGUGACCCCGAGGAGCUGAUGGCAUUCAUGGUCCAGAAUCCCUCUCUACUUCCUGCGUUCAGCACGAUUCGCAGUGGAGCCAUCCAGAAACGCCGGCGCGAAAUGAAGGAAAUUAUAUACGGCUGUUGGAAGUCAUGUGUUGAAACAGGCGACGGUACAGAUCUGCAUCAAAUCAAAGAGGAUCUCUGGAGUGAGAAGAUGGACUAUCGUCGGAGGCCAUUUGUUGCUGAUGCAAUAAUCGCUAAUCCACCCAGCUUGGGCCAUAUUCAUUGCGCACAGCGGCUGGGAAUUCCACUUCAUAUGAUGUUCACAAUGCCCUGGUCGGCUACCCAGGCGUUUCCGCAUCCUUUGGCCGUUCUCCACCAGCAGGAGUGCAAGCCAACAGUUGCAAACCUGAUAUCGUAUACUGUUGUGGAUAUAAUGAUUUGGGAGGGAUUGGGAGACCUUGUCAAUUCGUGGCGGAAGAGAUGCCUCGCACUCGAUCCGUUAGAUGGGAUCACGGCGCCGAGUUUGCCCCAGCGUCUCGGUGUUCCGUUCUCAUAUCUGUGGUCGCCGGCCUUGUUGCCAAAGCCACGCGACUGGGAUGACCACAUCGAUAUUUGCGGUUUCAGCGUGCUACCUAAAAAGUCAGACUACCAGCCUCCAAAAGAGAUUAUCGAUUUCCUCAAUGCAGGACCCACCCCACUCUAUGCUGGAUUCGGCUCUAUUGUGGUAGAAAACCAAAUCAAAUUAACUAAAAUCGUGUUCGAAGCGAUUAACAAUGCCGGCCAGCGUGCAAUCAUUUCAAAGGGCUGGGGAAACCUCGGAGUCGACGAAGUCGAUGUACCAGAUAAUAUCCUCAUCAUCGGCAGCGUACCACAUGACUGGUUAUUCCUCCAUGUAUCAUGCGUGAUUCACCACGGUGGUGCGGGUACCACUGCCGCAGGACUUGCUCUUGGACGUCCGACCAUUAUCGUUCCCUUCUUUGGAGAUCAACAGUUCUGGGGAGGAAUCGUUGCGGCUGCUGGGGCCGGGCCGCAGCCUGUGCCUCACAAGCAACUCACAGCUGAGAAAUUAACCGACGCAAUUCAGACCGCACUGAAACCUUCAACCCAAGAGAAGGCGCAGGAAAUUGCGUGUAAGAUGCAGAAAGAGUCCGGUGUGCGAGAUGGGGUACGCAGCUUUCAUCGGCAUCUUAACCUGAAGACUUUACGAUGCGCAAUAUGUCCCGCUCGUCCUGCUGUGUGGCACAUUAAGCAAACUUCCAUUGGGCUCAGUACAUUUGCUGCAGCAGUACUGGUUGAAAUGGGGCUUAUCAAACCAGAGAAUGUCGCUUUGAAUCGAGCAUCGGAGUAUGACACAUACCGCAAUCCUGUAGGCCCUGUCAGUGCAGGAGCCCAGGUUCUACUCGGAGCUAUUGCGAACUUUGUGACCGGCCUCGGCGAGGUCCCUUAUGAAAUCGUUACCGAUUUCGUCAACGCCAGUCGUGCAAUAGGUCAGACUCGUGCCCAGACUGAUCCGCCAAGAAGAUUUUCAUGGAGGAAAUUCCGCAGAAGCCAAGAGUCAGACACGGAUAGUGAUGAGGAGCAGUAUCAUGAAUCCACCGAGUAUCAUGAACCCGCCGAGUAUCAUGAAUCCGCCGAGUAUCAUGAACCUGCUGAGUAUCAUGGGCCCGCCGAGUGCCAAGGACUUGGCCAGUCCAAUAACGAUGACGAUUAUGAUAAUGAUGAUGAGGAUGGUAUUGGCAUUGAUGAUAGGAUAAGCCUCGACACAAAUGACAACGAAGCUGACAACGUGAGACAUGACAAAAUGAAUCAUAAUUUACCAGCUAGCGCCGUUGGCCCGAAACAUGGCUUGCCGCGUAAUCAAUUGGAACUGCUGAGCUAUCUAGAGUCACCCAGGGGGAACGGUGUAGUCUACGAAAUACGCACUCAAGGCAGUCGAAUGUCGAAGAAGUUUUUGAAAAACAUACUCUGGCUCCCAACAGAUUUGACCCUCAGCAUGUCGAAAGGAUUCCACAAUGCACCGAGGAUGUACCACGACCAAAUGAUCAAAGAAACGCCGAAAGUUGUCGGCUUUAAGAGUGGACUCGAGGCAGCUGGAAAGGAAUUUCGAGAUGGAUUCUACUACGGUAUCACGGGAUUAGUUACCCAGCCUCGAUAUGGUGCCAAACAGCAAGGAGCGAAAGGAUUGGUUAAGGGAAUCGGGAAAGGAAUUGGCGGUGUUUUCCUUAAGCCACCAGCAGGUCUCUGGGGACUCUUUGGGUAUCCUCUAGUUGGACUUCGCAGAAAACUUCAAAAAUCAUUAAGCAGGAGCCAGGAGCUUGGUAUUAUGGCGUCUCGGAUAGAACAAGGCAUUGAAGACAUGCAGGCAUCGACUCCCGACGAACGCGCAGAGGUUGUCAGAAAAUGGCAUGUCCUUGAAGAGGAACUUCGUGUCUCUUACUGA